AUACCAUCGGUAUACGCUUCGUUCACAAACAUUAACAUCCCAAUAGAUAUCCUGUGAAAAGCAAUGUCCUACCAAGCGACCUUCACAUGGCCGCACUCCAAUGCCAACAAUGUCGUCGUCACAGGAACAUUUGACAAUUGGACCUCCUCCCACUCGCUGACAAAAUCCGACUCCGGGUUCAGCGGCACCAUCCCCCUCCCCUACAGCGAGAAAGUGUUCUACAAGUACCUCGUUGAUGGACACUGGAUCACGAGCUCGGACGAGCCUUCAGAGGCUGACCAUUCCGGGAACGUGAACAACGUCCUUGUCACUCCUGCUCCGCCGGUGCCGGAGGUCCCUGUCCCGGCUCCUCAGGCACAGGACGUGGUCGAGCUUGCCCCGGAGGUCGAGGCUUCGCUCCCCCCGCAGCAGAAAGUCCAGGCACACGAUGUCCCCCAGCCGUCUGAAGCUGUAGAAGCCCCGGUAACACAGAAUCAGAAUGACGAGCUAGCCGAAUCCCCGGAUUCGACAACAAGCAGUACCCUCACUGCCGUCGCUAUCCAGGUAAACGACUACGUCAAGCCUGCUACUGACGCGGUGAGUAAGGCCGCUACAGACGUGCACGAGGCGUACAUCGCCCCGGCGCUAGAUGCGGCCGCUGCGAAGGCGGACGAGCUGCACGCAGCGCACAUCCAGCCCGUGGUCGAUGCGGUCAACGUCAAACUCGCAGAGGUGCACGCGGAUGCCAUUCUCCCCGCGUUGGACAAGGUGCAGGAGCUGCACGCUACUGUUCUACAGCCUGCCCUUGAACAGGCGAAGCAGUCACACGAGGAGCACGUCAAGCCUGUGCUUGAGACUGUCAACCCGGUCGUGGACCACCUCACUGGUGUUGCUGCUCUCGCUGUCCCGGCUGCUGUGGCCAGCGUGACAGAGACCGUUGUUGACGUGCAUGAGAAGGUCGCUCCUGUCGUGCAGCCACACGUGGAAGCAGCGACCGAGGGAGCGAAGGAGACGAUCCAACCCGUGCUGGAGCAAGCACAGACAGCCGUCCUCCCCGCACUGGAGAAAAUACAAGAAGUGCUCCAGCCCGUAACUGAUAAAGUGCCAGAACACGUCCAGCCCCUGCUCGACGCGCACAAAGAGACGCUCACAGAGGUGCGCGAGACGGUCACUGCUGCCGAAGGUACGCACUCGGCGAUCACGUAUAUUGCGAGCGGGGUCGGCGCGGCUCUGGCUGGUGUUACGGGCAUUGACCCUGUUAAUCCGCCUAAGAUCCCUGUCAGCGAGGAGCUGCCUCUCGAGAAGGAAGUUGCCCCUCCCGUGGUCACCGAAGCAGAGCCCUUGAAAGAAGUGCAGGAAGUUCUCACCGCACCCGUCAGCACCAACGGCGGACCGAAGCACGUCCCCAUGCCAGAAACGAUGGAGCCCAUCUCUGAGCCUCCGGCCGAAGACGCAGGAGCGGAAGAGUUCUCCUCCGACCUGCCCUCUGAUAUCCCCGAGCCGGCGGUGGCAGAUGUCACGGGUACGGUGGAUGACGACCUGGCUACGGAGCUUGAGGCGAGCCAGGCUGCGGAACAGGCGCUGGUUGAUGAGGAGGAUCUGGGCGUUGUCACUUCUGGUGCUGAGGAGGUGGGGCAGGCGCCACUGGCGCCGGCUGUUCCUCCUGCUGAGCCGGUGUCUGCGCCCGCAGAGCCCAUAGCAGCUGUUGUUGAGCCUCUUCCUGCUGUUGAAGCAGCGAAAGAGGACAGCACCGCUCCGGAGCCGAUCAAGAAAGACGAGACGCCCCUCCCACCCCUGAAGGACGUCUCCGAGCUGCCAACGCCAGUGCCGAUAACCACUGCACCGCAAGACAUGUCGUUCCCAACCACCGAGUCCGGGCCUGGCAGUGGCCCCGCAAGCGAAGCAAGCCCGAGCCCGAGUGGGGAGGAUAAGAGGAAGAAGCGGCAGAGUCUCUUCGGUAAGAUCAAAGCCACCUUUUCGAAACACAAGUGAAAAUGAGUGUUCUUGGUCUUUCUGUCCUGCACUCUACUGGCCGCCGUCGCCUGCCCCACCCGCGCCCAACCGCACUCGCUAUCUUUACGCCCCUCACGACCGCCCACGUCCUUCCUUCUUCAUCUCCCUCUCCGUCUCCAUCUCCGUCUCACGCUCACUCGAAUCUUCACCUCAAUCUUUCCGGUAUCAUCCUACGCCCUCGAUGCGAUAAUUCCUCCCAAAGACGACACCACCAUCGUCGUCUCAGGCGUCGUCCUCGCCCUGGCGCUAAUCUUCUACUACUCCCGAUAAGUGAUAUAGUCUUGGACACUUCUUUUUCUCUGCUGAAAAUACUUGGCCGGGAACCUAACCUAACCCGCGGUCCAUGUUCAUGUUUGUUUCCCUCUCUCUUUGUUGUGAUUUCUUUGGUGUGAUACAGGUCUUACCGGCAAUAACUGCUUGCC